AUGAGCCCUGAAAACUGGACUCAGGUAACAGAAUUUGUCCUUCUGGGUUUCCCCAGUAGCCACAUCCUGCAGUUCUUGCUGUUCCUGGGGUUGAUGGUGACCUACGUUGUAACAGCCACAGGCAACCUGCUAAUUAUUGGGCUCAGCUGGGUGGACCGACGCCUGCACACACAGAUGUACUUCUUUCUGUGGAACCUGUCCUUCCUGGAGCUGUUGCUCGUGUCUGUUGUGGUUCCCAAGAUGCUUGUCAUCAUCCUCACAGGGGAUCACUCCAUCUCCUUUGCCAGCUGCAUCAUCCAGUCCUACCUCUACUUCCUCCUAGGCACCACCGACUUCUUCCUCUUAGCUGUCAUGGCUCUAGAUCGUUACCUGGCAAUCUGCCAACCACUACACUAUGAGACGCUGAUGAGUGGUCCGAUCUGUUCCCAGCUAGUGCUGGCCUCCUGGUUAGCUGGAUUCCUUUGGGUCCUUUGCCCCACCAUCCUCAUGGCCAGCCUCCCUUUCUGUGGCCCCAAUGGUAUUGACCACUUCUUUUGUGACAGUUGGCCCUUGCUGAGACUCUCUUGUGGGGACACUCGCCUGCUGGAGCUGGUGGCUUUUGUGCUUUCCACAUCAGUGUUACUGGGCUCACUGGCACUGACCUCAGUCUCUUAUGCCUGCAUUCUUGCCACUGUUCUCAGGGCCCCCACAGCUGCCAAGCAAAAGAAAGCAUUCUCCACUUGUGCCUCACAUCUUACAGUGGUGAUCAUCGUCUAUGGCAGCUCCAUUUUCCUCUACAUCCGUCUCUCAGAGGCUCAGUCCAUGCUGCUCAACAAAGGUGCCUCAGUCCUGAGCUGUAUCAUCACACCCCUACUGAACCCAUUCAUCUUCAGUCUCCGCAAUGAUAAGGUGAAGCAAGCCCUGAGAGAUGCCCUGAGGUGGCACAGACACAUGGCUGCAAGAGACUAUAAGGGUCACAAGUAA